GUUUUUACACUUGUUGAUAUAGUGGUACACCAUUGGUUAGUACAAUAAAGUUUUCAAAAAUAAAUGUUGUUCUUACUCUUAAGUUUGCAAAAUCUAUCUAUAUAUCUAUAUAUAUUAUAUAAAACAACAUAAUAUGAAUAACUCAGUGAACAAUAUAUACAAUAUUUGGAAAGUAUUUUUUUGAAUUUUGUUUGUGUGUCAUCACCAAAUUCAUUUAAUUAUAAAAAUAUGACAUAAUUCAGUAAAAAUGAUGACAUGUUUUAAUUUUGACAUGUCAAAUUGCAUUUAUGAAGUUUUAAUUUUUUUUGGUAAGAUGCUUCAAAUAUACCAAUAUAUUAUAUGUAUCAUCAUUUAAAGAAAAUUUUAAACUAAUAACCAAACUAGAAAUAUAUAAUUUUUAAAUUAACUUAGAAUUGAAAAUAAAAAUAUGUAUAUAUUUAUAUUUGUAUAAAUUAAAAUGAUUAUAUAUUUGUUCACUAAGUGUUCGAAUUAUGUUUUAAUUCAUUAAUUGGCAAAAGACUAAUAAAAAAAGUGAGAUCAAGAUAAUCCACAUUAGUAUUAAAUGAUCCAUGGUUUUCAACCAGCAGCCUAAUACCAGUAAACAGUAUCAACAUAAUCAUUAUCUAAAUCGUACAAAGAAUUUUCUCAUCAAUGCGACAUCAGAAACAUGGAACUCACAUGCAAUUGGGCUUUGGUGGAUCCAGAUGAUGUGGAAAUUAUAGAAAGUAUAAUACUGAAUCGGACCCAAAUGAUCGAUCAAGAUGGAUGGCAUUUCACCAAAAAUGGAAAAUACACGAUUAAAUUUGAUUAUCAAGUCGAGCGGGUGUGCCCUGCUACAAGAAGGACGCUUCCUGUGUAUGGACCAACUAUCACCUCCUCUAAAGGCAUAUUCUUACAAAAUAUGUUGUCCACCCAAGAUUAAGCAUUUUUAUGGAAAAUAGUAGGAUGUCGAGCGGGUGUGCACGAUGUAGAGCAGAUGAGGAAUCAAUAAAUCAUGUUUGUUUUUAAUGUCUCACGACUGUCCAAGUGUGGGCUCUCUCAAAAAUCUCAUCGAAUGCAGUUAAUUUUUCUACUUAAUCGAUUUUUUCAAAUAUGGAUCAUUUGUUUUAGAGGAUUUCACCCCAAGUGAUAAUCAUUAGUUUGCAUGAAUUUUAUGGUAUAUUUUGAAAGGACGAAACAACAUGAUUUUUUCAGCAACAUAGAUACCAAUCCUAGAGAUACUCUCCAAUUGGCAGAAACUUAAUCAACACUUUGGGUCGAGGCACAAACAUCACUAACACAACGAGUCACCGAAACUAGAGAGGUGAGCCGGAAACAUUACCUCACAUAUUGGGACGAUGGUGUUUACGGAUAAGUCAUGAAAGAAUAGCCCAACUACUCGGGAAAAGGUUGGUAUAGCUAGCACAUUAGAAAAAAAUUGAUGGGAUGAUGGAGGCGACGAACAUGAGAACCAGCAUUUCAUCCCUUCAUUCGGAAUUAGAAAUCUUCAUUAGGGCAAUGCAAAACAUGAGGAAUCUAAGACAGUUUCACGUAACGUUUGCAAUCCUUAAUUGUUGAAGACGGUUUCAGAACCAGGAAUUUUUUUAUAAAACGAUUUUUAUUUCAUCUUCCUAUAGUUUUUAAAACUCUAACAAAGUUAUCUAACAUAAAUCAUUUCCUAAAAUUAUACUAAAAACAGAAACAUUUUCUUUAGAAUCAUGAUGAACUUUAGAUAACUAACUUAAUAUUGUUAAAAUUACUAUCAACCAAAAAAUCUUUUGUAAAUCUAACCUAAACAAACGAUAAUAACAAGAGAUAAAGAUUUAUUAAACAUUUACCUUAUCUCAUGAUAUGUUACAUAAAUAAUUUAAACUUUGUUAUGUUUAAUAUUUAUAAUUCUGAACUUAUUUUCUAACAAUGUGAUCAAGAUUUAAUUAUUUUCAUUUUAUCAAGAUUUAGAUCAAGAUUUUAUCAUUUUAUUGACAAAAAAAGUAACUGAUUUGCGAACUACCCAAUGUAAAUAUAUAAAUUUACGUUUUUGAAAAUAUAGUAAAUUCAUAUGUAUCCAACUAAACAUUUUCAAAAUAAAUUUUUAUACUACCCUUUUGCAAAGUAGAAAUUUUAAUAUUGUUUAAUAAAUAUGAUAUCCAACUACAUACAUAAUGAUAAUUUUACAUAAUCAACUAUGGUUCAAAAUCCAUUUAAAUAAUAUAUUUAUUUAGAGUUCUACUUAUAUAUAUUGAUAAAAGGUUGUUAUUUAAAUUUGGACAUAUGAACUUUUCCGUUAAUGUUAAGACUAGAUUGGAUAUUAAAUAUAUAAAUCUGAAAAUUAUGUUACACUAAUUCAUUUUGCUUACCAAUUGUUUGGAAAUCAAUAAACAUGACUGAUAUUCUUACCAAAUGACAUUUAGUUUCUACAUACAAAAAUAUCUAUCUCUAAAUAUGACAUACACAAUACAAUAUAGUAUACCUGAAAUCAUUUCAUUAUGUAUUUUUACAUUUCUCACUCCUACGUAGACUAAUUCAAACCUUUUAUUUAUCAAGAUUUUAAUGUAUGCAAUGGUAAUUAAUAACCGGUGCUAUAGGGAAUUGUUUUAACUAAGCCAUUGUCCAUUUUUUGUACAUAUAAAUAAAUUUAUUGGUAGAAAAUAAGGUUAGAUGCCGUUUUAAAAUAUUCAAUAUUUCGAGAAUGAAAUGUUUACAUUACGUUUUUGACACAUAUUUACUAGAAAAAAUUCAUCCUAAUAUUCUUAUAAGAAAACAAAAUAAUUAUAAAACAAAAAAAAAUAAGAUUAACUGACAAAACAAGUCAGUAACUGAAGUACAAACCACACAUUCUAGUUUAAAAUCAAAUUUAAAUUUAAAAUAACUGUAAAAAUGUUAUAACACCAUUUUAUAAAAAAAUAAUCAUGCGUCUUAACACGGGUUAGAAUCUAGUAAAGGUUACAAAGACGGUAUUUAGCAAGGCCUAAAUAUGACUUGUCGUUAAUACUAAAAAGUAAAAAGUCAUGUGGAGUUUUUGCUACAAAAACAGUAUAAUUGCAGUUGAGAAAAAAAAUGCAAAAUUUCUUCUUUUUUAUUUCACCCAAAAAGUAUCCCCUAUAUAUUAAUUCUGGAGCAUUACAACAUGUUUUCGUAGUCACGUGUCAUCACGAGAUUGAUUCUUAAAAUUGUUAGAAAAAUAAGUUGGUCCAUAUAAACAAAUAUUAUGUUUUCUUAUUAAACUAACUAUCAAAUUAAUUAGUAGAGUACAAAAGAAUAUUUUUUCUUUCCUUAAAUAAAAGCUACGGAAUUACCUAAUAUGGUUAACAUAUAUAUGACAAUUAAUGAUUAUGAAUAAUACAUAUUUGAUUAAAAAAAUUCUAACCUCUUUCUUUUUUGUUAAAUUUUAUACUAUUAAGAGAAAUUAAACAAUCACAUUAAGCAUAUAAUAAAAAAAUUAGAUUUUUUCUUAUAUGAUAUAUUUUUAAUUUUUAAAAAUGACUAUAAAUUAUUAAAAAUGGUAAAAAUCCCACAUUGAAAAUUUUGUGAUAAGUGAUUUGACUUUUUUUUGUUUAAGCAAGAUACAAAUGAUCAUAUAUCAUAGGGGUAGGCAUUCGGAUACACGUUCGGGUUUUGUAUCGGAUAUUUCAGUAUAAAGGUAGAAUCAGUUCGGGUAUUUCUACACUUCGAGUCGGGUUCGGGUAUUUUAUGUUCGGGUUCGGAAUAUUUUAGGUCGGGUUCGGGUAUUUAAAAUUUGAAGAAAAAAUAAAUAAAUUAUUCAUUUUUAAGUUUUUUGAAUUUAAAAUAUAUUUUAAAUUAACUGGUUUUCUAAUUUUUAAAAUAUUAAACUAUUAAUAGGUUUUAAGAUAGAACUUAAAAAUAGAAAGACACUAAUUUAGUUGUUGUUUUGAAAUUUUAGAUGUAACUUUUGUUAAUGUAAGAAAACAGAACUUGAUAUGUAUUUUAAGUGAGUAGCAAACGAUUUUGUCCAUAAUUGUAUGUAUAUUAUAUAAUUUUGGGCAAUAAUCAUCAUUAAUAUAAAUAUUUUGAAUAAAAUGAGAGAAAUAAACUAGAAAUAUAGGGUUAGGUAUACUUAUGUUUGGUUAUCUUCGGAUUCGGAUAUUACCCGUUCGUGAAAUAAGUAAUUUGUUUUGUUAUUCUAAUUAGAUGAUUUUUAGACCGAGCUGGUGAAUAUAUACUAGACAGACAUUUAUAUUUCGAGUCUGCACUUGUAUUUUAUAACAGCUUGAUAUAUUAGAUUCGAAUUAUAAUCUAUUAAUAUAGUUUCCUAUGAUUUUUUUCAAAAUUUUAAUUCUUACAUAUGUAUAUGGAGUGAAACUAAUUUUUACAGAUGUCCAUUUUUUUUAAUUGACACUUAUGUAAUUCACCGAAUUCAUAAAAGAAGUUAAACUUAUAAAGUUAACUCAUAUCAAUGAAAUAAAGACGAGAACGAAAACACAAUUUUAUAGAGGUAGAAAAUGAAAUCACUUAUGGAGAGUCAAUAGUAAACAAAUCGAGAGCAGAAAACCUAACCCCCUUUCGUCAUUAUACAAUUGAUGUUGCCUAUUUGGUUUUGGUGAUUUGUGUCAGGCACAAAACUUAAUUUUAUUUUGUGCAUAUGAAGUUUUAAAAAUAAUUAAAAUGAGAUGUAAUACGUUAACUCUUCAACAAGGAUGAUAUAUUUAAGAGACUAACAUUUGUAUUCGUCAUUUUAUAAUUGAUAAAAACUGUAGUGUUGCAAAAUGUUAAAACCAUUUAAUAAACAAACAUUAUCAUAAGAAUUCACUCCGCGCAUGCGAGUGUAAGAUUUGCUAAGAAAAGGAAAUUCAGCAAUGCUGCCCAAAUUUUUUUUAUAUCUAUCUUAUUAAAACAGUAAAACUCAAGUACAAAUUAAAUUUGUUUGGAAACAUGUAUAGCAAUUUUUUUAAAACUUCCUUUGGAAACAUAGAUUGUAUUUUAAAAAAAAAUUGUUUGGAAGCAUGGAUUGCAGUUUUAAAAAGGAGGUUUGUUUGGAAACAUAGAUUAUAGUUUAAAAAAAUAGGUUUGUUUGGAAACAUGGAUAACAGUAUAAUUAAGAGAAAAAAAAAGUAAUAGGCUUAUAUUUUUAGAAAAUUUGGAAGUGCAUUAUAUUAUGAAAAACUAUCUAUCUGGUACCUAAUCGGGUUCAAUUCGGGUUUCUGUGGUCAAAGAUUUCAGCAUCAUUCUAAUAUUUUUAAAUUUUAGUUCAGGUUCAUUUCGGAUUUUUACGGGUUUGGUUUGAGUUCGGAUAACUCAUUUAAAUUACUUUUAAAUUUUUAAAAUUCAUUAUAUAUUUAUAUACUUUAAAUUUCUCAAAAACUAUAAACAAAAUAAUAUAUUAAAUAUAAAUUUGAAUAACAUAUGUAAGGAUACCUAAACUUAACAUAUACACUAUUUUAGUUCAAAUAUUUGGAUAGAGAAUCAAUAAUUAUUUUAAGUAUUUUUGGUGUUUUAAGUAUACUUUUACUAUUUUAUAUAUUUACUAUAGAUUAUUUGUAUAUAUUUUCAAGUAUUUAAACCAGCUUAAAAGUAUCAUAUAUAUUCUAGAUGUUUUUAUAUAUAUUAAAUCUAAAAAUAAUUAAUAUAUAUAAGUAUAUAAAUCCAUUUCAGAUAUAUUCGGGUACCCAAAAUACUCGGUUCGGAUCGGAUUCGGUUUCGGUCCUCCAAAAAAUAAAAUUUUGAAUAAUUCGGAUAUUUAAUCAAUUUCGGUUUGGGUUUGGUACUACUUUUUUGGAUCGAGAUCGGUUUGGUUCUUUUGAUUCGGGUAUUUUUAUCUAACACUUAUAUUAUUAACAUGAAAAACAAAUAGAAAUAUAUUUUUGAAAAAUAUAUCACGGGUGUGCGUGUCAAAGUCUAAUUUUCUCUUAUAACACCAUUUUAUAAAAAAAUAAUCAUGCGUUUUAACACGGAUUAGAAUCUAGUAAAGAUUACAAAGUCGGCAUUUAGCAAGGCGUAAAUAUGACUUGUCGCUAAUACUAAAAAGUAAAAAGUCAUGUGUAGUUUUUGCUACAGAAACAGUAUAAUUGCAGUUGAGAAAAAAAAAUGCAAAAUUUCUUCUUUUUUAUUUCAUCCAAAAAAUAUUAAAGUUUAUUUGGUAAGAAAAGGAAAUUCAGCAACGCCGCCCUAACUUUUUUGUAUAUUUUCUCUGCCGCUUUCCAUAUGGUAGCUAGGUCUUUUGACAUAGCUAGGUUUGCCUAGGUCUUAAUAUAAACUUCAACACCUCCCUCUCUCUCACACAGACAAGCAUAACGAUCAUGGCUACGGAUCCUAUCCCUGUGGAACUCAGCCACGAGAUAUUGUCAAGAUUGCCAGCAAAGUCAAUCGCUAGGUUUCAUUGCGUGUCCAAGCAAUGGGCAUCAAUACUUGAUCGGCCAUACUUCAAAGAUUUGUUCCUGACCAAGUCUUCGACCCAGCCACGUCUCAUAUUCGCUAUCGAAAAAAAAUGUGUGUGGAGCUUCUUUUCGUUGCCUCAGCAUAUGAGUCCACAUGAGAAGCCAUCAUCUUCUCUUGUAUUAACCCCUGAAUUUCAUAUGAAGUUCCCUCCAGACGAUACGUGGUGGAUCUUUCCUCGUUAUGACCGAAAGUUCGCAUGCGGGUAUGCCUCUGGUUUGAUCUAUUUCUCUUGUAUGUCGGUUAAGGCGGGUUACGAUGGAGUGCCUGUAAUUUGUAACCCUAAAACAGGACGAUAUGAGAUCUUACCUUUUAUCAGAAGGUACAGAAAGUCGUACAGUUUUUUUGGGUUUGAUCCUGUUGAAAAGCAAUACAAGGUAUUGCACAUGGCUUAUCCAUGUGGUCCUAAUGAUCACAGAAUUAUGACACUGGGAACUCAAGGAAUGAGGUGGAGAAAGAUCCAUUGUUCAUUAAGACUUGAGAAUCUGAGUGAAGGGGUAUGCAUUAAUGGGGUUUUGUAUUACUUAGGUGACACGUCUCAGUGUAUGGAAAAGAUUAGGGGGAAGUCUAGUUUUGCAAUAGCAUGCUUUGAUAUUAGGUCUGAGAAGUUCAAGUUUCUUUAUCCGGAAAGCUUUUGUGAAUUGGUAAACUAUAAUGGUAAGUUAGGUGUGAUUUACUAUGAUGAUCUCACUGAUGAUGCCAUUGAGUUGCGUGUGUGGGUUCUAGAGGAUGUGGAGAAAGAAAAAUGGUCGAAAUAUUCCUACACUCUGAGGGGUGAUAAACUCUUCCCGCAUUAUGCUUCAGUGGUUGGAGUGAUUUCUACUGGUGAAAUUGUGUUGUCGAUGGCUGAUUAUACGUCCAAACAGCCGUUUUAUAUUUACUACUUUAAUCCUGAACGGAACACCAUUCGACGUGUUGAAAUCCAAGGCUUCGGAGAAUACCACAAAGCUUCCAAAAAACCUAGUAGAGUCUACGUCUUUUUAGACGACUGUAGUAGAUUCUACCCUUCUGCACACCAUGCUGAGGAUCUUAAUGUUAAGGAUCCAAAGCUACUAAACUCAAGCAUAUAUGCUCCAUAUGUGUAUAAAGGAGAAGAUGAAGAAGUAGAAGAAGAAGAAGACGAUGAUGAUGAAAAUGGUUUUAGUCAAUUUUAUGGUAAAAAGAGGAAGAAUAAACCAGAUGAAAGCAGGAGUAGAAAACGAAGAAAGCAGAAGGGGAAGAAAAAGAAGAAGAAGGAAGUAGGAGGAGAAGACAGAGACAAUCAUUGGAGUUAGGUGAAAGCAAUGGGCAUGUCAUUUUGUGCUUUUAUCUAUGCGUUUAUGCUUUUGAGUUAUGUACCCUCUUUAUAACUAUUUUAAUAAACCAAGUUUUCUUUUAAGAUUCCAUCUCUUCUCAGUUUCUAAAUGCAAUAGCAUCCUCUGGGCGGUAAUGAAUACAAAACCGUGCGUGGAGAGUUUAUAUGUGACAAAUAAUUAUAUUUUGAUGCUGUCUUAAACAAAAGGAACGUGUAUAUAUUGAUAAGUAAAUCGGUUACUCCUGCAUCUUCACUAUUAUCCUGUUGGGGAUGUUCAAGGGUCAGAGCAAAAACAUUUAGCUUAUGAUUCUUCAGUUAGAAUCUCUAAUGCUAAAAAGAGGUGUUGAGUUUAGCUGAAGAAGCUCUUGAAUAACAUCCUCCAAGAUGAUAACUCAGACAACCUCUUCAUUGCCAGUCACGAUCCCUGUAGACAACUGCAAUGUUGCUGUGACCCUUUUGGAACUUAUUUAGGAUAAUCAUAUAAUAAUACACUGGAGACAAGAAGGUUAUUAAUAUGAACGCUUGUAUUAUAGGAUAUCAUAUAACGACGCGGUCAAGAAUGUGAUUUCCCGCGGAAUUCUCUCAUAAUGUUUUUUUCCUUUGAGGAACUUAAUAUUUUGUUAAUUAAGCUGACAAAAUAUAUAAAAGAAAAAUUGAUUACAAACUGAUUAGUAAUACACAAUUGUUUUUUGGGAUUAUUGGGACUAUGGAGUCAUCUUCCUUAGUCACUCUUCUUAUUGCCGAAAAAUCUCAAAAAGAAAAUGAUCAAUGCUACAAAGAUUGCAAUUGGUAUGGCAGAGUAUCCGGUCGUUGCAACAAAGUUAAUAUAGAGAGUAAUCAGAAUGACUAUUGCAAUGAGUGUCUGCUUCUUCCAUUGAACUGUAUCAUUAACUGCAAAUAGCAACCAUGCCACAAAAAAUCACUCUUUUCAAUAUACAAAUUAAAACGAAAGGAAAACAAUGGUAUACGUUAAACCAAUACGUACCCUCUUUUUUGGGUUGGUUUUGAGCCGUCAAAUGUGAGAAUGAGUCUAUUGUCCUCUUUAUACCUUCCUGUAGUUAAAGAUUAGUGAAAGUGAAACGGAUUACUGGCACCGAAACAGAAUGAUUAUAUCGAUCUAUAUGUCUCUAAUGAAAAAAGAAGUUUGUGUAAACCUGAAGUGGCACAACAGGAGCGUAGCCUAAGAUAUCCUUUGCUUUUGAGGAAUCAAAAGUUCUGCUGCAAGACUUUAGAUUUAGACUAUACUAGGUCAAACAAUGUAUUAAGCAAUGAAUAAUAAAACAGUAAAUAUAGCUAAGCAAGGUGAACAAGGUAGUUGUUCGGUAAAUAAUAGUGAGGUUGUUUGAUGGAAAGAUGGUUACUAGACUUAGGGUUUCAUUCAGGUUAUUAGAACUCUAGUCUAUAGAUGCUAAGUCUUGAUUCUAGAACUCGAUAUCUAAUGCAAAAGAAAACCAGCUCUCACUGUGAGUCUAAUCUAUUGACUAAGUUCAGUGUUUCAGCACUCGUAUGCCAACACGGAUCGAGCAUCGAUCGAUGCUAUGGUAUGAGUGUCGAUCGAUGCUAUGGUAUGAGCAUCAUUCGAUGCUACGGUAUGAGCAUCGAUCGAUGCUACGUUAUGAGCGUCGAUCGACGCUGCCUUAGGCAAGCGUUAUCGAUCUGAUCGAUUAUGUUCAACUAGAUUCCUAGACCAAUGCUAGUAUGCGCCUAGGUGUCUAAUCCAACAGGAUUUAGGUUCCGUUAUUUGAUUGCACUCUUGUGCCUCUCAAUUGUCCUAUGAUUCUAGGUUCAAGCAUUUAGUCACACUCUCGAGAUUUUCCAACUACUCUAGAUCCUAAUAUUACAAUAUAUCCUGAUGUAGAGAUCUUUAGAUAUCCUAACAAUCAUAUAAUUCAGAAGUUCAUUCAAAGCCCUAGAAAUUCCUAAACCUAGCAGGUGGAUUUACUCAUGCAUGAUGUUUGUCACAAAAAUCAUAGAUGUGUAGAAGAAAUUGCAAGAUAUAUUAAAACCAAAACCAAUGGAAUUCCAAAAGGACUCUGAAGGAGUUCAUCCCUUCUCUCCUAACUAACAACAAUGAAUAAAAGAAAGCGUAGCCAUCAACAAUGGCUUAGAAAACACAUAAAUAGGUUUUUAGGUCAUCUAAGGGUAUUAUUGUAAUUUGUGGUUGCUUAUGGGCUUCAGUCGGCCAUAAAAUAUGCUCGGCCCAUAUUCUGGCAUUACCGUCGAUCGACACCAAGGGUGCACCGUCGAUCGACAGUCCUUCAUCUCCUUGACAGCUUUUUCUCGCGAGGCAGACUGGCCACUCUUCAGUAAAAUGGGCAUAACUUCUUCGAUAAAAUGCUGAUUGACCUCAAACCGGUGGAACUGGAAAGCUAACUCAAAGCGCUAACAUGUGUCAAACGAUGGGAUCAAUAUAACAGUGGGAUAGUCUCCAUCCAUAGCUAAACAAUCAAAAUGCUCCAAAAGACACCAAAAUCACCACUUUCCUCCAAAUCGUCCAUGAACCUGUAAACUCUCUAAAUAGACACUAUAUCGUAGUAAAUAUAUCUUAAAACACCUAUAAACCAUGGCUAGAAGUGGGUAAAAUCCAUGGUUUAUCAACUCCUACAGACUUACCCUUUUGGUUGUCCUCAAGCAAAACAUACAUAAAUGGCAUGUAUAUGGUUUUAAAUUAGAGUAGCUUCCUUUGGUCAACACAUUAACAUACUGAAAAACUUCAAAUUUAUUCAGCUUAAUUGAUUCUGUUUUCUCUCUGCAAAACGUCUUAUGAAGUUUUUUUUUCUUUUCCAAGAGUCCGCUCAAUUGAUUGAUGUUUGUUUUUUCCACCUUCUCUGCAAAACUUUUUUGGUAGCCAAGAGUCACAUUUUUAAAACUUCAGGCUUCUGAACUCUCAUUCUAGGAAUCGAUUUUUGUGGGGUUCUCUCAUUCUAUGAUCUUUUGUUCGUCUGAUAUCGUCAAUUUCAAAAGCAAGUUGUUCGUCUUCAUAUCCAACUUCUAACUUGUACUUCAUGCAGGUUUGGAAAAUCCGAAAUUGACAGAAAGAGAAUUAGCAAGGAGAGAUGACAUUGGAGAUCAUUGGUUUUAUAACAAAAGUCCAAUCUUAUUAUUGGGAAUUGCAUUCAUUUAACAUUCAUAUUAUUAUUUAUUAUAAAUAUAUCCACAGAUCUGAUACAAAUAUUAUAAUACUUUAUUUUAGUGACACAAAAUAUUUAGACAUUUAUUGUUAAAAAGGUAAUAUAGACUUUGGGUUGUGUAUUACAUUCACAACCUUUAGCGAGAACCCUUACAAGGAGCAUUGCAGUCACAAAAUCCCUUAGAAUCCGAACAAACACCACUACCACUAGGUGGGUAUUUCUUCUUACACUCAUUUCGACAUAGUAUUGGAAAACAUUGCUUUGAGUUAUGUGCGAUUUUAUAAGGACAUAGUUUUGUUUCUUUUUUCUGUGCAUCUGUCAUCAUUCCUGUUAGAUACAAAAUCUCAAAUUUUAUAAGAGAGAAAAAAUAAUGAUAAUAUUUAUUUAUGAAUUAUAAAAAAAUAUAUAUCAACAAAAUUCUUACUUACUUUUGUUUUAAGCAUUUUAAAUAAAAAUACACAUAUACUUUAUUAGUAAAUCAAAAACAAAAAUUAUUUGAUGAAAAAAAUUAUUUUUGUAUUUUACAGAAAUGCGUGCAUAUUAAUUUUAAUUUCUUUUUGCAGUUUUAAGCACAAAUAUUGUAUAUAUUGCAAAAUCAUAACAUAUUAACUAUAAUAAAUUUAAUAUAUAUAUAUAUAUAUAUUAUGUUAUUCAAAAUAUAACACAAAUUUACAUAAGAACUAUAGUUCAUCCAUAUUAUGAAAAAUGUUGGUUAAAAUAUUUGUAUGUGCAUGAAAAAAUGUAAAGAAAUAGAUGAUAAAAACAAAAAUAUCUAGAAUUGUUUUAUCACAGUAUUUCUCCAUCAUGUAUAAAAAAUAUACAUUUAAAAAUAAAAAUGGAUCAAAAUAGUAAAUAAAAUCUUAAAAUAUUUUAAGGUUGAUCCUUUUUAGUUUAACACAAAAAUGUUUGACUCAGUUUCAAUAUUUUCUAGCUUGCUAGGUAUUUAUGAAUUUGCAUUAAAAUAUAAUUGAUACUAUAUUUUAUAUAGUAAAAGAAAUAAUGCAGGAGGUCUACAAUAUAUUGAAAAUAUAAUUUAAAUUAUCUAAUUAUUAUAAUCAAUUUAUUAUAAAAUUAUUGUAU